UCUUCUCGGACACGCGCAUUCGUAUCGAGCUGCCACUGAGACCGCAGUCGUCGCCAUUAGCAGGAACAGUUACAGGGAAUUCUUUUAGCUGCUCAAGCGAAUGGCUGGCCACAAGAUUGCUCACGCCACAUUGAAAGGACCAAGUGUGGUAAAGGAGAUCAUCAUAGGGACUGCCCUUGGGUUGAUGGCCGGAGGGAUGUGGAAAAUGCAUCACUGGAAUGAGCAGAGGAAAGUGAGAGCCUUUUAUGACAUGCUCGAGAAAGGUGAGAUUAGUAUUGUUGCUGAAGAGUAGACUUUCCGCCUCCAAUAUGUGUGAUCCCAUUGAUGCCUUCAAAAAUGGCUUUUUGUUCAUUGUGGUACUUUGCAAUCGACUCGAGGAAGUUUGGAUGGAAAUGAGCAUAAUUGAGUAGUAUAGGUAUUAAUAAAUGUGUCUGGCACCAACAUUGUGAAACACAUUUUGAUCAUCGUACAUCUUUUAAUACAUGAUUGCCUAAUUUGAAGCAAUAUGAAAGUG